CUGCUGUAAGCCUGUUGUGUGUCCUGGGAGGUGACACUGGGGUGUUUUUAAACUUUCAGCUGCCCAGUGUAACCAUGCCUCGAGGAAGAUCAGCCACAAGUGCCCGCUCAGACAGCAGUGAGGUGGAUAUUGAUGGCACAGCAGAAUCAGAGAUAGCCAAACUGCAGAGGCAGUUCAAGAUCAUGGAAGGAGAUCGGCAGGCCUACAACCUUCAGGCCCGCGAGCAGAUCCGCAAACAACAGCAGGAGAUAGAGAAGCUGCUGAAGGAACAGGAGGAGCUGCAUCGAAACCUUGGUGCAUGUAAGAGCUUGUCUCACCGACAGCAGGAGUGCGAGGACAUCCAUAGUCUUCGUGCUCUGCUGGAGCAGAGAGACGUGCUGGACGAGGAGCUGCAGAAAGAGAGGCAGAGUCAAAAAGAGCAAGAGAAAGAGAUCGCAAUCAUGGAGUUGAAGCUGGCAGAACUGAGAAUAGGGGAAGUCAGUACAGGUGAUACACAAAGGUCUGAGGCACGGCAGACUCAGAAGGCCAUACGCACUUUGGAACACAAGCUGAACAGAGCCUUGACUCGCUUCAAUGAGCAGCUGACCAAAAACAGCCACCUGAGAGAGGAGUUGCAGACUCUUCAAAUUGAGCGUGUCCGUUUCCAGCAACUACACAACAGCUUGGAAAAGGAAAUGCUAGAUGUCCGCAAGAAGAUCGGGGAAGUUGUCAACCUGUCCACUGCUGCUUACGAUGCCAGGGUGGAGGCUCAGUCCAAGGUGACCAUGAUGAGAGAGAAGGCAGUGAAGGACCUUGCCCAGUACAAUGCAGAGAUGAAGGAACUGGAAAGGAUUAUUGCACAUGAGUGUGUUCUGAAAGAGUUUAUGACCACCAAGUGCAGCGAGAGGAGCGGGCAGGAUGAUGGCCUUGAGAUGGGAAACAGACAAUCAUCAGAGCUGAAGGAGCAGAGGAGGAUGGACACAGGGGAAGAGUCGCUGGACGCUAUAGAGGAAGUGUUUGAGAGGAUCCAGACUGUGACAGGGGAGGACAACCUGGACCUGUUGGUCACCAGGUUCAUCCAGGUUGAAGACCAGAACUUUGCACUUUUCAAUUUUGUAAAUGAGCAAAAUAAUGAGGCCGAGGCACUGAGGGAUCAGAUCAGCCAGAUACAGGCAGAGAUUGAGCAGUUUCGGGUAGCAGGUUUACAACAGGAGCAAGAUCAUCGCUCUUUACUGAGAGACAUUGAUGAGCAAAUUAAGGAAACCAAGUCCAAAGCUGAGGACUAUGAAAACCAAGCCAGCAUCAUAAGCAAAACCCUGGACCAUGUUAAAACAGGAGUGAACAGCAUCUUCUCUAAAAUGGAGUGCGACCGCUCAGUGAUAGAGGAUAUACUGGGCUCCUCUACCGGGAUCAGUGAGAACAACAUCAUGUCCUACCUGGGUCUGGUGGAACAGAAGACCAACGAGCUUCUCACCAUACAAGCUUUCCUCAAUUCUAAAGAUCUGGAUAAGGACUACAAUCCAAAAGACCUGGCCAAAUUUCUUCUGGGUCAAAAUCCAGAAUUGCUUCAGCAGAAUAUUAGCAUCCAACCUGCAAUCGACAGUGUGGAUUAUGAUGCAGAAGAGUCUCCUGUCUCUGAUGAGGAAGAACGGCCACUUUCACUGGAGGAACUUCGCAAAAAAAUAAUACAAGGGGUCCUGCAGAAAGAGAGUUCUGCCCGGCAGGCAACAACCAAAGCCUCAAAGACCAGUCAACAGUUUGAUGGCAGACGGCGCUCGCUGGAAGACACAUUGAUCUGAAACACUGACCUGAUCAGUGUAGUUAAUAUGCACAUAUUAACAAUGGGAUCCUCAUGUGCACCAUCAUCUGCAGUUGAAGGGCCUGGUUUCAUUGUUGUUCAAUACAGAUCAAUGGAGGCCAUGACCGCUGAUCAUUUAAAGCUUAAUUAUGUUGUGUGUAUUUUUUUUUUUUUAAUGAUGAAUUAUUGGUAUUGCCUGUAUAUUACAUCUUGGUGUGAUUUGUUUAGUUGUAACUAAUUAGGUUUAGAGCUAUAAAGAUGCCUUUUCAGACUCUGGUAACCAGCUGUCCUUUUGAUGUGUGACUUGCCAUCUGGCUUUGUCUAUACAAUUUGGCCUCAGUACAGCCCUCCCUCACUGGCAGAGUUUCAGUACAUGAUACUUGCUGCUAUGCUCAAAAGAAAAGGUUGGGGGCAGCAGAACCUUUUGUAAUUGUAAUUGGCAUGCUGAGACCUUGAUUCAGUGUUUCCAAAAAAGGAGAUGAG